GAGUAUGGAGUAGUGGCCAUUGGUUGGGAUGAGUACGGAGUAGUGGCCAUUGGUUGGGAUGAGUACGGAGUAGUGGCCAUUGGUUGGGAUGAGUACGGAGUAGUGGCCAUGGGUUGGGAUGAGUACGGAGUAGUGGCCAUUGGUUGGGAUGAGUACGGAGUAGUGGCCAUUGGUUGGGAUGAUGAGUACGGAGUAGUGGCCAUUGGUUGGGAUGAGUACGGAGUAGUGGUCAUUGGUUUUAGCUGUUAGUAGAUCAUUAGUGAGUUUUAGUAGGGCAGUAUCAGUGGAGUGUAGUGUAGGGGUGAUGUGUGCAUGCUGGGGAGGGGAAGGCACCAUUAGAGAGGGAAAGAUUGAAGAUGUGAGUGAGGGAGCAUAGGAUAGAAGAAGAGGGGGACCGUAGUAGUUGUGAGGGGACAGGAUCCAGGGGGCAGG